AUGCAAAGGCGCAACCUCAUGCCGGCAUUUGCCUUUCGUCACAUAAAAGACUUAUACCCCGUGUUUUGGCGAAAAGCCCGUGAAGUCGUGCAGGCAAUGUCUGCCACAGCCAAUAGCGAUGGCAUUGCCACGUUGGAUGCGCUGGACUGGGCAAACCGCUGCACUUUGGACAUUAUCGGACUUGCUGGCAUGGGCGUCGACUUUGGAUCUAUCCAGGACCCGACGAAUCCCCUCGCAACAACGUACAAGUCCCUCACGGGCACGCAGGGCCAGGCCAGUCUGCUCGGGAUCCUCCUGAUUCUCCUGCCAGCGUGGCUGGUCAACCGCAUACCACUGAGGAGCAACAACGUCAUCAACAACGCCAACCGAACCAUCCGCAACGUCUGCAGAGAACUCAUCCGGGACAAGAAGUGCAGGAUGGCCAACAAGGAUCGCACAGAUGUCGACAUCCUGUCCGUUGCGUUGGAGAGUGGCCUCUUCAGCGACGAGAACCUUGUCGACCAACUCAUGACCUUCCUCGCCGCGGGUCACGACACCACCGCCUCGGCAUUGACGUGGGCAACGUACGCCUUGUCGUGCUACCCGGAUGUCCAGACCCGUCUGCGCGACGAAGUCCGCGAGCGGCUGCCCCGGCUUGACGCAGACGCGGACAUCACCUCGGCUGACAUUGACAAAAUGCCCUACUUGAACGCCGUGUGCAACGAGGUCCUGCGCUUCUUCUCCCCUGUGCCGCGAACCUCCCGCGAGGCCGUCGAGGACACUACCGUCCAGGGAUACCCCAUCCCCAAGGGUUCAGUCAUCUUGCUGUCGCCCUGGGCCACAAAUGUCGAUCAGAAUCUCUGGGGCGGUGAUGCGUUGGAGUUUAAGCCCGAGAGAUGGCUGGCCAAGGAUGCGGUGGACACCAAGAGCGCGAGCAGCGGCGGCGCGAGCUGCGUGUAUGCGUUUUUGACGUUUUUGCACGGGCCCAGGAGCUGUAUCGGAGCAAGUUUUGCAAAGUCUGAGUUUGCCUGUCUUUUGGCCGCGUGGGUGGGAAGGUUUGAGUUUGCCUUGGUCAAUGACGAGAUGAGGGAGAGGGAAAAGUUGGUCGUACGGUACGGGGUUACUGCACGGCCAAAGGGGGGUUUGCCCGUCAGGGCGAGGGUUGUGCCCGGGUUUUGA